ACUGAUGGUCACGUGCAGGCGGACUUUCCCGACCCUGGGGUUAUAUAACUUCUGCUUGCCGCUAUGUUCCAUCCUGUUUGAACCUGGUUCAUCGCCAAGACCACCUGCCUUCCACGAGUCUAUCAGCACCGUCUUCUGCAGGUCUGUUUUAUUCAGGAUUCAAACUAGCAAUCAUCAAUUUUGACCAAGGAGGGAAAAGUGUUCCUAGAGAAACAACUGGUCCUACAUCCCUCCGGUGGCCUGAACCUUGACUUCAGUCUGAAACAACGGUCUUGAAGGUGAUCAGUUGCAAUGGGGACUUCUCAGGAAGAGGUGGAGAUGAGCCUCAGUAGUGCGGCAUUACUGGAGGAGUCAAGUAAUCUUGCCUCCGAUGGGACCCCGGAUGGAGAAGAGCGACCCGUUACUCCCCAUGACGCUACUCCGGGGUUUGACGAGCCGGACGGAAGCCGGGGUGUUAAAUCGGAUGCAGUAAACGAGUUUGGUGUACGGAGGACAACUGUCCAGUGUAUGCUGGACCUGGCUCUGGUGGCUGCCAAUUUUUCCCAGCUGAGGGUCAUUCUGUCUGUUGGACCAAGCCGUCUGGAGUUUUACUCUUUGGUGCUGUGGUCGGUGUCUCUCUCUCUUUUCUUUCAGUUUGUAUUUGCUGUCAUUAUUAUUGCUAUCAAGAUCCGGGAAGAUCGAAUUAACCCAGUGUCACGUGAUCCGGAAGUGCAACCUGUGUCGACGCGACCGACACGAGACGGGGUGCUUGACAUUUUGAAUUAUGUCUCAAUGGCGCUUGUUUUGAUUGUGACUCUUUUAAACAUGUUUAUCGGUGGGUUCGUCAAUGUGAAAAACACAUCACAUGUGAACGACAGUGUUGAAAUCCCCUCGAUGUCUUAGUAGCAGGGACCGCCUCCGUGGUCUUGUGGUAGAGCGUCCGCCCGGAGAGCGGAAGGUCCGGGGUUCGAUCCCCGGCCGCGUCAUACCAAAAGACGUUAAAAGAUGGUACUUGUUGUUACCCUGUCUGGCGC